AUGGAUCAAAGAAUUUGCAUCAAAUUUUGUGUCAAAAAUGGAAUUAAGUGUUCUAAUAGACUUGAAAUGUUGACAGUAACAUACGGUGAGUCCGCUCUGAGUAAAAAUAACAUUUAUAAGUGGUACAAGCUUUUCCAAGAUGGCCGAGAAGAUGCCAAUGACGAACCUCGCUCUGGACGUCCCAGCACGUCAACAACAGAUGAAAACGUUGAAGCAAUGAAGAAAAUUGUUUUGGAAAAUCGACGAAUCACUAUCAGAGAAGUUGCUGAGGAUGUUGGCAUAUCGGUUGGCUCGUGCCAUGAAGUUUUUUCGGAUAUUUUGGGCAUAAGACGUGUGUCAGCGAAGAUUGUUCCGAAACUGCUUAAUUUUGACCAGAAGAAUCGUCGCAUGAGCAUCGCUCUGGAGCUGUUGAAUGACGUCAAUGAUGAUCCUGAUUUGCUCAAAAGGGUCAUAACUGGUGACGAAUCAUGGGUAUAUGGUUAUGACAUCGAAACCAAAGUUCAAUCGUCCCAAUGGAAGAGCCCAGGAGAGCCAAGACCGAAAAAAGCACGCCAAGUUCGAUCAAAUGUCAAGGUAUUCUUCGAUUAUCGUGGCGUAGUGCAUCAGGAGUUCUUACCACAAGGUCGUACGGUCAAUAAGGAGUAUUAUCUUGAAGUUAUGCGUCAUUUGCGAGAAGCAAUACGAAGAAAACGUCCGGAAUUAUGGAAAAACAAUUCAUGGCUUUUGCAUCAUGAUAAUGCACCUGCUCACUCAUCGUUGCUUGUGAGAGAUUUUUUGGCCAAAAACAACACCACAAUCAUGCCUCAGCCACCAUAUUCACCGGAUUUAGCCCCAUGCGACUUUUUUCUGUUCCCAAAACUGAAAAACCCUAUGAAAGGACGAAGAUUUGCAACGAUUGGGGAGAUAAAAACUGCAUCGCUGAAAGAGCUCAAGGCUAUACCAAAAAGUGCUUAUCAGAAGUGUUUCGAAGAUUGGAAAAAGCGUUAG